UAGAAUUGGUAUUAUAAAUGACAUUAAAGUUAUGCACUUGACUUGGUUGUCUUGGUAAAAUCUUUGGAUACAUAACAAAAGAAAUUGUACGCCUAGAAAGAUUUCUAAUAGACAUGGUGAGAUAUGUGGUUCGAUGACUCUGUUGGACCGGUGGUAUGUUCCAGAGAAGAGGAGUGUGUAUGGAUACAAUCUAGGUGUAUAAACGAUUAUCUAAAGAAAUGGUAAUUUUAUGAAAUGUGUUAGAGCUUUGGUGUUGAUAUAUAUUUUUUAAGUGUGUGGUCGAUGACGAUGGUAUUAGACAAUAUGAGGUUCCUUAUUAAACAAGUCUUCUUCGAGGUGGGGUUCUCAACACUUGGUAACAUGCAUCAUGUCCACGAGAUGUUCUUCAUCUUAUCUCUUGUGAUAUUAUAUAUGAUAUCUCACACAAUACAAGUUCGUCUGAAAAAUCUUUACUUAUUUGAAAUUUUUUAGGUAUUUAUUCUUGAGGAUUUUUUUAUUCUUAAGUAAAGUGCUCAUGAUUUGAAGUUAGAAAUAUAAAAAUUAUCUUAAGAGAGAGUCUCACACUUAAAAGAAAGUCUAAAUAUCUUUUUUACUAAUUUAGGUUUUUCGUGUAUAAUUGUAAUAACCUUGUAUUUAUCGAUAAGUACCACGAUAUAAUCAUUUAACUAUCUAUUAACGAAAAUCUUUGUUAGGACACGUUGCCUCUAGAUGCAAGUUGUAUUGCAAAACUUGUACUCUAUUUUUUAGUUUUAUUACAUGUUCUACUUUAGAACUAAACCUAGGUUAUGUUAUGUGUCGAAUAAACUUCUUUCAAAAGGAAAAAAUAAUAUUAAAACUUCUCAAAGUAAUAGGAAAAAAAAGAAAAAUUUCAAAUUUAAUAUAUAUAUAUAUAUAUAUAUAUAUAUAUAUAUUGUAAUAUUAGCUUUCAUUAUCAUUGAAUUAAAAAUUGCAUAUACAAGAAUCGAAUAAUGUGGAGAAAGUAGUUUUCCUUUUUCAACUUUGUGUAGAGGCUAAGUCUCUAAAAUAUUGGCUUCGACUUUGUACUUUUGGAUCCGCCACCACAAUCAGACAAACUUCCAUUUGAUCAUUAACUUUAUCGAAUCAAAUUCUUUCCCUUCCAAUCUGUCACAAUUUUGAACAUACCAUCCACCUUCUGAUUUUUUGAUUCUAAAUAAACCUUAUUAGCAGAGAUUUUUAAAAUUAAUAUUAAAUUAUACCAAAUACCCUAAUGAACUUUUUCAAUAGUUUUUCUAUUUUAAUUUUUUUUUUCUUUUGUGUGUAUGAGUUUUUUCACCACCAUUAGAAAACACAUUUGAAAUAUACAGAACCAAAUUGUUUAGUUUGAAUUGGUUUUCCAUACCAUUUUUACAAAAUAGACAGUAUAACCAAAAGAACUAUAGUUUUAAGUAGUGUAUAAUAGUUUAAUUUUAAAGACAAAGAACUAAACAAUAAUCAUUAUCAAAAACACUACCUUAAAACAGAAUUGAAAUCAAAUCCAUUUGUUUAGGUAUAUAUAUUAUAUAUAUAUAUAUAUAUAUAUAUAUAUAUAUAUAUAAUAUAGUAUCAUAAUAUAUUAAAAAAAUGUCAAAAUCUGAGAUUCUUUGAUCCUCCCUAAAUUGUCCAUUUUUGUCUUGCCUGCAAACUUGCAAAAAAGAAAGAAAAAAAAGGGUUCAUAGAUAGAAAUGACCCAUAAUUGAAUCAUAAAGCAAUAAGGAUAUACAAAAUUAAUAUAUCCAAGAGGGAUGAGAGAUAAUCUUAAAGGUGCAAAAGAAUCUUCUCAUUGAUGGAAGAAGAGAAUACAAACUCUUCCAACUUUUGAUCAAAAUGCCCAUAAUGCCCUCCAUCUCACCUUAAAGAUAUGAUAUUCCAAGUCAUAUUCAUCCCACCAAUACCAAUAUCUAAAAUAAUAAGUAACAAAUAAUUACAAUUACAAAUAUAAAGUGCAUAGAAAUUAAACUUAGGGGUAUCUAUAAACUUAAAACAAUGUUCCCCAAGGCUCUAUAAAUAGCCUCCUUCCCAUCCCUUCACAACUCAAGCUUGAAGGACUAAAACAAGAACUUGUAAGCUUGCCCUUCUUAUUAAGUCCUUCUUGCCUCCCUUCCUUCGGAGAGAAAAAACUUUUGUUGUUUCAAAAGCACCAAAGUCAAUAUGUCUCCUGCAGCUGCCCCAGAAAGUGCCAUUGAGUCAACUGACGCUCCCAAGAGGGCGUACGUGACGUUCUUAGCUGGUAAUGGUGACUACUGGAAAGGUGUAGUUGGAUUGGCAAAGGGUCUCAGAAAGGUCAAAGCCGCCUACCCUCUCAUUGUCGCUGUCCUUCCUGAUGUUCCUGAAGAUCAUCGCCAAAUCCUCGAGUAUCAGGGUUGUGUCGUCCGUGAGAUCGAACCUGUUUACCCUCCGGAAAACCAGACCCAGUUUGCCAUGGCUUACUAUGUUAUCAACUAUUCAAAGCUCAGGAUCUGGGAGUUUGUGGAGUACGAGAAGCUGAUAUAUUUGGAUGGAGACAUCCAAGUGUUCGAAAACAUAGACCAUUUGUUUGAAAUGCCAAGUGGAUACUUCUACGCAGUGAUGGAUUGCUUCUGUGAGAAGACAUGGAGUAACUCUCCACAAUACAAAAUUGGGUAUUGCCAACAAUGCCCAGACAAAGUGAAAUGGCCUGUGGAGGAAAUGGGAAACCCACCACCACUUUACUUCAAUGCUGGAUUCUUUGUGUAUGAACCUGAUCUUUUCACUUACAAGGAUCUUCUUGAGACUUGCAAGGCCACUACUCCAACUUUGUUUGCUGAGCAGGACUUCUUGAACAUGUACUUCAACGACAUAUACAAGCCCAUUCCUCCCAUUUACAACCUCGUCAUGGCCAUGUUGUGGCGUCAUCCUGAGAACAUUGACGUCGACAAAGUCAAAGUUGCCCACUAUUGUGCAGCGGGAUCGAAACCAUGGAGGUACACGGGAAAAGAAGAGAACAUGGACAGGGAAGACAUAAAAAUGCUGGUGAAGAAAUGGUGGGAAGUUUAUGAAGAUGAAUCUUUGGAUUACCAAAAUGUUCUCAAAUCUGAAACUAAACAAGAAACUAACCUCACACCUUUGAUCUCCGUUCUGUCUGAAGCUGAAGUUGUCAACCACAUCACAGCUCCUUCUGCUGCUUAAAUAUAUAUGUAUAUUUAUAUAUAUAACAUAUAUAAAUAUAUAUAUAUAUAUACAUAUUAUAUGUAUUAUAUUGAGUGUUUAUGGUGUGAGACAAAUAUUAAUUAUGAUAAGUACUUACGGUUAAGUGGGUGCUUAAUUAAUUAAGCUUUUUAUGUAUAGUAGCUUUGGUUGGAGGCUAUGUGUGUGUGUGUGUGUAUGCAAGUCCCAACCUUGUUCAUGGCUACAUUCCUAAAUUUUAUGAAAUAAGGCUGGUUUUAUAUCUGCCUUCCCUUUUUGCUUUA